AAUGAAUGCCAAUCUCCAUGAAUUGAUCUGACAUGUUCUAUCAAUUGCAUGAUUGAUUUCUUAUACAAUGAAUAGUUGAUUCGCUACUUUGCUGAUUCUUGACAAUUAUGUUUUUCCCUAAGCUGCGUCGUCUGAACGUGCCACAACCCCCGCAGCCAGUCUACAUUAGUCCAUACAAAGCCAAGAAGCUAUGGCCGCCAGAUUUCUCAAAGCUGAGCCACAAGCACCAGUUCAGGCUGGAAAAGAGAUAUAAAAGACGCACAAAACUCAAAUGGGCCCGCCCAAGGUGGAACAAAGGGGUCAAAGUUGUACAGUUUACCGCCAUCACAUUUAGUAUUUUUUAUGCUCUUUUCUUCAUGGACCGUGAAAAGGAAAACAGGCUAGUAGAUCCUCUCCGUCGGUGGGCCGAUGACAAGUUGGGUUCUAUUUGGUCCAGCCCAGCGAAGCCUGCCGGUUCUUCCAGCCGCUCAUCUUUGAAAGAAGAGCAGUGACGACCUGUAAAUUGCAUAUGAUUUCUACGUUUGUCAUUUUGUUCUUGGUUUAGCAUAAGUCAGGAGUUGCAUUGUCACGUUGAAGGGAAUUCCUUCACAGUUACCUG